UUUCAAAUAUGGCUUACAGGUUUUGUCUACAUCGGAUAAGCAGUUUUUAUUGAUUUCGCCUUCACAUUGUGAUAACGAUAUAAGAAACGGUGUUUUAUCUAUUAAUUUUACAUAUUAACGUGGCGUUUUUAGUUUCCGUAUCGAUUUUAGUGUAAACUGUUUUAAGUGUGUAAUGUUUUUUUGGGUACGUUAGCUUGUUCUAGUUUGUCCGUUAUAUUGAAUUGAAAGUAUGGAAGACGAAGAAUACAAAAAACUCCCCAUUGAAGAGCGUUGCGUUCACAAACUGUGGCAAGCUAGAAAAAACGGCUAUGAAGAAGUCUCCAAACUCUUCCGUCAGAUUGACGAUGACAAGUCACCGGAAUUUGGUAAAUAUCUCGGCUUAGUGAAAAAGUUCGUGGUGGACAGCCAUGCCGUGGGUCAAGAAAAAGGCCUAGAAGCCACUUUGGCUUUUAUCGAGAAUUACGCCCAUGCUGGGAAAACAGUCGGAGAGGUUAUGUCAGGAGUCGUUGCCAAAUGUAUAGCAGCCCCCAAAAACCGUACUAAAGAGCUUGCUGUACAAGUCAUACUCAUGUACAUUGAAAUAGAAAAGGGAGAAGUCGUCCAGGAGGAACUCCUUAAAGGCAUGGAACAAAAGAACCCCAAAAUUGUGGUUGCUUGCAUCAGUGCUUUUACUGUAGCUUUGAGGGAAUUUGGGACUAAGAUCAUCAAUGUGAAGCCUUUAGUUAAGAAAAUUCCAGACUUGUUUUCUGAUAGAGAGAAAGCAGUAAGAGAUGAGGCAAGACUGAUGGUCAUUGAGAUAUACAGAUGGAUAGGAGGCGCCCUUAGACCUCAAUUAAAUAGCUUGAAACCCGUCCAAAUUACUGAAUUAGAGGCCGAAUUUGCAAAAAUUGAGGGCCAAAAGGCCGUGCCUCAGAGAUACAUAAGAUCCCAGCAACAAAAACAAGCGAUACCGUCGGGAGAUGCUGAAGAAAUUGAUCCCGGUGAGUCAGAUGAUGUUCACGACGACGACGAAUCGCCCGAAAUGGACCCCUACGACCUAGCAGACCCCGUCGACAUCCUCUCGAAGCUCCCUAAGGACUUCUACGAAAAAGUUGAAGCAAAGAAGUGGCAAGAACGAAAAGAAGCUCUCGAAACUUUAGAAAAACUAGUCCAAACUCCGAAACUACAAAGUGGCGAGUAUGGUGACUUGGUAAGAGCCUUGAAGAAAGUUAUCGAGAAAGACAGCAAUGUGGUAGUUGUGGCUUUGGCCGGCCGUUGCUUGGCUGCUAUAGCUACUGGCUUGAAGAAAAGGUUUCAGCCCUAUGCUGGGGCUUGUGUUCCUUCGCUUUUGGAGAAGUUCAAAGAGAAGAAGCAGAAUGUUGUCACUGCGAUCAAAGAAGCAAUAGAUGUGAUUUAUUUGACGACGAGCUUGGAAGCGAUUUUGGAGGAUGUGAUUGAAGCUCUAGGUAAUAAAAACCCGUCUGUUAAGGCCGAAACGUCGCACUUUUUGGCAAGGGCUUUCACAAAAACACAACCGAGUGUUGUGACUAAGAAGAUGUUGAAAGCGCUGUCAACGCCGCUUCUUAAGAAUAUUAACGAAUCAGAUCCCACUGUCCGCGACUCUUCAGCCGAAGCCUUGGGCACUUUGAUGAAACUCGUGGGCGAGAAAGCAAUUGGCCCCUUUUUAGUCGAACUCGAAAAAGACACAUUAAAAAUGACAAAAAUCAAAGAAUGUUGCGAGAAAGCUGUCAUUACGGUUAAAAUAGCAGCAGCGAAAAAGGAAAGACCUACAACAGCUCCUACUAAAGCUGCACCUGCUUCAAAACCGGUUAAAGCAGUCCCUGCACCUAAGUCAGCACCCACAAAACCGUCAAGUGCUCCGAAGAAGAAAGCUCCAGUUGUAAAUUCGGCCACGGUUGUGCGUUCCAAAGGCAAAAAUGCGGCUAAGAAACCAGCAACUGAAAAGGAGUUAAGUGAGGAACAAGUCGAUGAACUUGUGACUUUUAUUCCGGCGGAUGUUAUCAACCAAAUGUCUGAUGCGUCGUAUAAGAUACGUUUGACGGCAGUGAAACAGUAUUUUGACGCGAUUAGAGAUUUGGGGUCGGAUAUUCCGACUCAAGCUUUGGUUAAAUGUCUGAGUAGAAGGCCCGGUUUCAAAGACACGAAUUUCCAAGUACUUCAAUCUAAAAUUGAAAUUGUUAAGUACUUAGCGGAGAAUUCGAAUUUUUCUACCACAACGGCAAAUAUUUGUAUCAAUGACAUUAUCGACAAAUUUGGGGACGUUAAAAAUGGGCCUCUUGUGCGAGAGACAGUUUCGGCAAUAGCCGAGGCUACGAGUUUGUCAUUUGUAUCAUCCAUAGUUGUAGAAUCAGCUCUCAAUCAGAAAAACCCUAAAGUCACCAUUGAAUCACUAUCAUGGCUUUCGGAUGCAAUUAAAGAAUUCGGUUUCAAUGAUUUAAAUACGAAAUUACUGAUCGAAAGUGGGAAGAAAUGUUUAGCUUCAAGCAAUCCAGGUGUGAGGCAAGCCGCAAUUACUUUCUGCGGAGUGCUUUUCUUAUACAUCCAAAACCCCCUAUACACUUACUUUGAAAAUGAAAAAGCUGCAUUACGUGAGCAAAUCAACGUUGAAUUCGAGAAAUAUCAAGGAGUUAAACCUCCUACCCCAACUCGAGGAAUUGCUAAAUGUUCUAGUAGCAACAGUUUGGACAACCUGGAUGAUAAUGAAGUCGUUGAAGAGUACACCGGGCUUAAAAACAUCCAAGAUUCACUCCCGAGGGUUGACAUAAGUUCACAUAUCACCGAAUCUCUCCUCACUGAACUCGAGGAUAAGAACUGGAAAGUGCGAACCGAAACUCUGACAAAAAUUCAACAAAUAAUUCAAGAGGCCAAGUUUAUUAAACCGAAUUUGGGGGAUUUACCCCAAAGUUUGAAUCGUCGAAUGGCCGAUAGUAACAAGCAAGUGGCACAAACUGCCCUCAAUAUCUGUGAACUGAUUGCGAAAUCAAUGGGGGCCCCAUCGAAGCAAUACAUUAAGGUCUUUUUUCCCAUGUUUUUGAGAAACUUGGGGGAUAAUAAGCCCCAGCUGAGGAGUGCAGCCAAGGAUGCUAUCAAUGCGUAUGUCGAACAGUGCGGUUAUAAGGAGUUUUUUGAAAAUGAGAUGAUUUUUGAUGGAUUGAAGUCGGGGACACCGCAAUUGAAAGUCGAAUUGUGGGAUUGGUUGGCCGAGAUUUUACCCAAAAUUCCGGUGAAAAGUAUCCCAAAGGAAGAAUUGGUAGUCUGUAUCCCGAUUUUGUACAGUCAUCUUGAGGAUAGAAUGCACGACAUUAGAGCAAAUUCGCAAAAAGCAAUUUUAGGUGUUAUGAUACAUGUUGGGUUUGAAACGAUGCUCAAGCAAAUCGAAAAAUUGAAGCCCGGUUCCCAAUUAGAUAUUCGUAAAAAAUUGGAUAAUGAGAGAGCAAAUUUGCCUAUGCAACCCGCGCCGAAAAAAGCAGUGGAGAAGGAAGAAAAGGUAGUCAGAGGGACCAAACCCGUAGCUAAUUCGAAAAAUGCUGUCAAACCAAAGGGGGCUGCAUCAACUACCAAAGUUGCAACAAGUAAAAAGAAGGACGAAGACAUCGACACGUCGCCACUCUUGGUUGUUAAUAAUCUGAAACAUCAAAGAUCUAUCGAUGAGUCGAAAUUAAAAGUUUUGAAAUGGAAUUUUACAACACCUCGUGAAGAGUUUGUUGAAUUGUUGAGAGAUCAAAUGACGACAGCGAAUGUUAACAAAACAUUGAUUUCUAACAUGUUUCAUAACGAUUUCGGAUAUCAUAUCAAAGCUUUGGAUUCUCUGAUGGAAGAUUUGAAUGACAAUUCGGCCGCUUUGAUCGCGAAUCUCGAUUUAAUACUAAAAUGGCUCACGUUAAGAUUUUUCGAUACGAAUCCUUCAGUUGUUUUCAAAGGUUUGGAGUAUUUACAUUCCGUUUUUAAUGUAUUAAUGGAUUCGAAUUAUCGCCUGUUGGAAAAUGAGGCUUCAGCAUUUCUCCCUUAUUUAGUCAUAAAGAUCGGUGAUGCAAAGUUUUGUAACGGAGUUCGAUCGUUAUUGAAACAAGUGUGUCAUGUAUAUCCUGUUGCUCGUUUAUUUACUUACAUAAUGGAAGGUGUUAAGUCGAAGAAUGCUCGACAGAGGGCCGAAUGUUUAGAAGCUAUGGGGUCUAUAAUACAAGACCAUGGCAUAGGUGUUUGCGGGUCAUCCCCGGUUGUUGUUUUAAAAGAAGUCGCUAAACAAAUCUCAGAUAAGGACAAAUCGGUUCGAAAUGCUGCCCUUAAUUGUAUGGUUGAAGCCUAUCAUAUUCUUGGGGAUAAAGUGUACAAAAUGAUAGGAAAUAUUGUGGGUAAAGAUUUGGCUCUCUUAGAAGGCCGAAUUAAGCAUUCGAAACGUCCAGUAAAACCGGUCGAAAUAAUUCCACAGGUUAAAGAACAAGAUAUCAUCAACGUUGAAAAUGAUAGAUACAAUGAACCGGAACAGAACGAAGAAGAAGAUGAAGAUCCUUUACCACCUGUGUUAAUGCCACCGAAAACAGUUAGGGAAAUCUCCGAACCUACAGGACCGUUCACUCUCGAUUCGGAAUUACUAGAAAAACUUGAUAAACUUCUCGCUCCAGUUCAUUUGACUGAAGUAAAGACAUUCGAUUUGGAUUUCCUCAAAGAUGAUGUAAACAUUCCGACUUUAUCGCCGGCCGAUAUCAGAGCAAAGAUUAUGCCCUUGUCUCCCCCUAAGCCGCUUGAUCCAAAUAUAUCCAUUUCGGCCUUAGGGGGCGGUUUUAAACAAACCACUACGAAAAAACAAGAUCCAGUUUUGAGUUACCUUCAACAAAUUGCUUCUCCUGAUCCGAAUAUCGCGAUUAAAGGAUUGCAACAAAUGACUGAUUAUUUUCAUUUAAGUUCCCAUGAAGAAAUGGAAUACGAGGAGGCUUUUGUGAAGUCCAUUAUUGUCCAGUUAAAGUAUUUGAGAAAUCAAGAAGCGGUUGAAGAUUCAGAAAUUCCCAAAAUAUAUCGAUGUAUUUUGACAUCCAUUGAUGCGUUUUAUCAUAAAAGUUUGCGUCAACAAGUUUCGAGUGAAAGUCUCAAGGAAAUUGUUGAUCAAUUUAUCUACGUUCUUGCCUCUCGAAAAUUACAAAACUGUGCCAAUGGCGAUGCUUAUAUCCGAGUCAUCAAUUUACAUUGCGUGAAAAUAAUCGAAAAAUCGGAUCAUACAAAAAUCAUUUGUGCUUUAGUUAAGUUAAUUCAUGAAUGUAUACGAAAUGACAGUCCAGAACGUCACACUGAACUCGUAAUGAAAUGUCUGUGGCGUGUAAUAAAAUUAAUGCCUGAUUGGGGCGAGGAAGUCGACUACGACUUAGUCCUACUAGAGGUUCACAAUUUCCUCAAAGAAUUUCCAUCAAUUUGGUGGAAAAACAAACCGGUGGAUACCACUUUACGUACGAUUAAAACAAUCCUCCAUUCCUCUGUUAAAAUCAAAGGAGGAUCGAUUAUGUGUCAUUUUGGUAAAAUCCCCAAUCCUAGCGAAUCGGAAAUCGAGUCAUACAUCUUAAAAUUAUUGAAAAGUAUGAAACUAGAAGCAGUCCAGCAGCCCCCACCGCAGCCACAACGUAUCUCAUUUUCGCGAGCUACGCAUACAAUGUUGACGGAGAUUUUCCAAAAAAUAGGCAAUAAAGAUGACACUAAAGAGGGCUUGAAUUUAUUGUAUGACUUUAUGCAACAACACCCCGAAGCUGACAUUGAUCCAUUCCUAAAGAAAUCUUCCAAGUUUUUCCAGGACUAUAUCCAAAAUGGAUUGCAGGAAAUUGAAAAAUCGAGGAAAACGACAAGGGAAAAAGUCGAGGAAAAAGUUGUGGAAGCGAUUACGGGAUCAGUAGAGACUGAAGAAAACAGAGGACCCGAAUAUUGGGAGAAAAGACUGCAGACGUGGAAGAAAAUUGUCGAUGAUUAUGAUGUUGUCGGAGAUCAGUAGCGUUUUUAACAAUAAAUUUAAAUUCAGUCACAUUUUAAUUACCGACGAAUAUCGAGUCGGACUAGACGAGUUAGUGGAGUAGCAUUUUUAAACUGAAUUUUGUUGAUUUAUUGUUAAGACUAAUGAUAUAAUACAUUAAUUUAUUUUUAUGUAGAUAACUUAAUGUAUUUUUAAAUUAUUUCUUAUUAUUUUUUUACCGUAUUUUAACGUUAAUUAUGAUGAAUCUCUCUAAU